GCACAGCGAUUCGACCUCCCUCGCUUUGAUCUGUGUCAAAAAAGCUGGGUAAUCCUACUUGCUACAAUGCGUGUCUCUUUGCUGGUGCUAUUGUGCGGAGUCGCAGGGAGCAUAGCGACAAACACAUCGGUCGCGAUCAACCCGGAGCCCCCUCUCGAUAAUCUUGGUCUGCCAGGCUUGCCACUCAAACAUGGACUUGGAUUCUGGCAGCCUCGUAACCUCUUUAUUCGACAAUGUCGGUUGAUGAUCCUCUAGCCAAUUACCCUAAAUGUUGCAGCGGUCACAGUCUUGAUUAUCUAUACCAGACCUAUACCUGCUGCGCAAAUUCCAACUCGGCAUGUGCACCUGGCUGGUAUUGCUGUGGACUCACGUGCUGCCGGGAAGGGAUCACUUGCUGCGGAAGCAUAUGCUGCAAUGAAGGGUACUCCUGCAGUACGGCACAAACCUGUGUUGCGAGAACUACAACCUCGAGAUCAAGCACCACCACAACACGACAGCCGACUGGAACUACUACACCAUCGGAAGGCGAUGAGGACAAUUUUAAAAAGGGACUGAGUCAAUCGGAUAGGAUCGCACUAGGGGUCGGGCUUGGCAUCGGUAUUCCAACACUACUCAUCGGUUUUACAGGCUUGAUUAUAAUGUGCAACAAAUAACGAGGGUAGGAUAAAGAGCGCGAAGGUCUAGACGAGUUGCAGUUUGUCGGUCGACCAUGGUUUGAGAUUUUUUGUUUCUGUCAAUUCAUACUGAUGUACAACACAUAGACUUUAAGCCACUCGUAAUAUUUAAUCACGUAUUGGCCAAACCUGCCUGAGUGGGUUGAAAGA